AUGUUGAAAGUCGCAAUCGCACAGCUACCAUCAUUCAAGUUGGCAAAAUCAAACGUAAAGAAGCAAGAACAACUCAGAAAGAGAGUACGUCUCAGCGACGACGUCCAGGUCGAAGAUGUGGCUGCUCUUCUAGACGGUGAGGUCGAAGAUGGCAAUUUCAACGAUCUCUACUAUUCCCCCGAGGAGCGCAAAACGUUUCGCCAGAAUGCAGACCAGACGGGCAAGGAAAUCGCAGAGAAAAGCCCUGCGAUGGUUACGGGUAUCGAAUGCAUCUUCCGCUGGUCUGAUCUUGAGGCAAACGAUGACGCCGAAGACGAGAGUCUCAAGAAGGAAACCAAGUCAUUCCUUCGCAAGUGGGCUUCGAUGAGCGCUGAUCAUCGAGGCCUGGAGAAACGAGUCAUCACGAAAGAGUUCAAGAGAGAUCGCUUGAAUGCGGUGGCCGAGUCCAGAACGAUUGUGUUCCAAAUGCAGACAAUGUUGGACCGAGCGGAGACCAAGAACGACGCGGACGAGAUCAUCAGGGAGAGCUACAAGGAGGCGACCCGUCCUUCCAAGAUUCUCGCCAAGGCGCUCGGCAAGACAGACAAGAAAGCUGUCGACAAGUACAUUGGAAUUGACCUGCUUCAUGCGAACGAGUCAAGCACUUCCCUGUCGAGCAUCAGCCGAACGUCAACCAAGUCCAAGAAAACGAAAGGCUUGCUUCGUGCCUCCGCGUCAAAUGGCUCGCUCGCUAGCCUACUAAGCCGAGUGUCAUCGCAUUCCAAGAACUCGAAAGGCAUGCUUCGUGCCUCCGAAUCUUGCGGUUCUCUGUCCAGCCUCAGCAGAACAUCAUCGCAUUCCAAGAAAAAGAAAGAAAGCCAAAAAGAAAUCAAGAGCCCCAACAAGAUCGCUGCGCUUCCAAAAGAACGUGUCAAGACAUCCCGUAGCGUUGCGGCCCCUGCUUGUUAG